GGAAGGGGGUUGUAUGGACAGAUCACAUUAGUAUUCCUGUCCUAUCAAUGUGCGGGGCCGCGACCAACGUCAGCCGGACCGAUUCCCUGCGUCUACCAGUCCCGCCACGAAUUCAUUUGGGAUCCUUAAACAGAGAGAGGAGCCCGCGGAGAAGGGAUCAAGGCAACCGAUUAGAGCCAAUUGCCUGCAGCGGGGACAGCCAGCCCUUCCAGGCCUGGCGACCGCAGAGGGAGGGGAAAGAGGAACUGAGCACCGCUGCGGGAAGACACUGAAGCAAGAGCGACACCCUUUCCCCCCCCCCCCCCCCCCCACCACCUUGCAGCGCAGGCUUUGAAAGCUGCUCCCCCAUCUGAAUGGAAACUCGGAACCGUGGGGCAGCGCGUUCCUCCUCGCUCAGCCUUGCAAUCCAUGCCGAGAGGAAAGCGGUGCGAACCCACGCCAGUGUCCAGCUCCCGGGACAGGGCCGGCAAUGCUGCUGAGCAGAACUUGAUCGCGCCUCUUCACAGCUGGUAGUGGAAGCGAUGCUGCACUGCACAGCCAGCGCUUCCCCUGCUCUCCUUCAAGCUGAAGGUUACCCACCCGCGCAGCCAGCUCCAACCUUGUGAGCUGCGCGCCUCGGGUCCCGGCUUCUGCUGCUUGGCCGCGUAGUGCAGGGCAACCACCGGGCCGCCCGCGCCGGGGCGCACUGCACCAGCGUCUUUGGCUUGGUGGAUGUGUAUGCAUGAGUUCUGCACCGAAUGGGCGCAAAAAGCGCCCCAGCCGGUCCGCCCGCUCCUCCAUCUUCCAGAUCAGCAAACCCCCGCUGCAGAGCGGAGAUUGGGAGCGCAGGGGCAGCGGCUCCGAAAGCGCCCACAAAACCCAGCGAGCCCUGGACGACUGCAAGAUGCUUGUCCAAGAGUUCAACACGCAAGUGGCUCUGUAUCGAGAGUUGGUCAUUUCAAUUGGGGACGUCUCAGUCAGUUGCCCCUCACUUCGCGCGGAAAUGCACAAGACAAGAACCAAAGGCUGUGAAAUGGCCCGUCAGGCACACCAAAAACUGGCUGCCAUCUCAGGCCCGGAAGAUGGUGAGAUACACCCAGAAAUCUGUCGGCUUUAUAUCCAACUGCAGUGUUGCUUAGAAAUGUACACAACAGAGAUGCUAAAAUCCAUUUGUCUACUGGGGUCUCUUCAGUUUCAUCGAAAAGGAAAGGAACCUGGUGGGGGAAUGAAGAGUUUGGAUUGCAAAAUUGAGGAAAGUGCUGAAAUACCUGCCCUAGAGGACUCCUCCUCAUCCCCCAUAGAUAGUCAGCAACAUUCCUGGCAGGUUUCCACAGACAUUGAGAACACUGAAAGAGACAUGCGAGAAAUGAAAAACCUUUUAAGCAAACUCAGGGAAACUAUGCCUUUACCAUUGAAAAAUCAAGAUGACAGCAGCCUUCUGAAUCUAACUCCCUACCCUCUGGUUAGAAGACGGAAGAGAAGGUUCUUUGGGCUGUGUUGUCUCGUCUCAAGCUAGGCUCUUCUUCUUCCUGAAGCCCACCACUGAAAACACCUGGAAAAAAAAUUACAAAACCGGAGGACCUCCGGACAGCUGGACCACACAGUGAUGGGUUUUUGACUAUGUUUUCUAUGCUUCCUUCUUAUUACUUUUAUCCGCCUCUCCCUACCCUUUUAAAUGAUUUUACACUUGAAAGCAGCUGCCUUCAAGAGAAAAAAAAAAAAAAAGAACAGAAUCAAAAAGCAGGCUGUUUUUAAAAGGAUUUUUAAAGCUGACAUUGUGCAUGUCUGCUCCAAACCAUGCCAUAACAGAUGCAAGGAUUAUGAUUUUUAAAUCAUUUAAAGGUUUUUUAAAUGUAUUAUACAGAGAAAAUUUAUUUCACUUAUAAUAGUCUAUCUAUAGCUCUUGCUGAUCUCAACAAUUUAUCAUAAAUGAAAAAAGUCUUUAAACAUAGAAAUUAUUUAAAACUGCAAAACUGUGUUCAAAUAUUCAAUCUAUCCAUAUCAUUAGAAAUAUUAUAAUCAAACAUACACCACCUCACCUAUUGCUUUCUCUGCACUCAUUUAAGUUUAGUCUUCCAUUCUGUCAGAAUCUAAAAGCUUCAACAUAAAAAUAUCUUAAUUUAUAAUGCAACAAAAAUCAUAUAUGAAAAAUAUUUAAUUUUGUAAAUAUACAAUAAUCCUAAUAACUUCAUACAAUGCAUAUGGGCAACUAAGUUCCCUUUGAUCCAAUGGUGUCUUUUUCAGCUUCUUGGAGAAUGAAGUUAUCCAGUUAGGAAAUGGUGUAGUAACAUAUACAAUUACCCUCCAAUGUAAAAUUGAAUAUUAUCACAUUUCGUUCUAAUUGAAAUUUGAAGCAUGGUGUCUGCACAUCAGCAUAGUGUUAAAUCUUAUAGGGCAUGCUGGAAUUAGCUCAGAUCGUAAAAAUAUUUAACAUUUUACAUUAUUAAUAAAAAAAUUUUAGUUAAGCUAAGCUUGUCUCAUUUUAUAUGACUAUGCAGAUAUGACUUUUCCAAUGUGUACUUGGUGUCUUGUCUUAUGCUUAGAAUCUUGAAAGCAGGACACAUUAAGCAAUACUAUAUUUUAGAAAGGAGGAAGCCACAUGCUUUGUUUAUCUGCUCCAGACUUCAUUGUGAUCUUCCUCCACUAAACUUGUAUCAUGGUAUAAAUUUUGUUAUAUUUCCCCCUGCUCUUCCUUUGACCUAUUUCCCACACAGAAUUUCCUGUGGUUUGAAAGAUCAAGUCUUUGCACUUCUUUUCUUGUUUCACAUAGUCUGAACAAUUGUCAAGUCAGAGAGGAAAUACCAGGGUCCAGCACAAUAGAAGAAGGAGCUAGAUGCCUACAAGUGGUUUACCCAAGAUACAACUUUAAUCUCAAUCCUGUAUAGGCACUUAUAUAUACACCAAUACUGUGACCUAAAAACUAAAUAUAGUAAAGCUUUUAGCUUUCAUGAAGAUGAAGAGAGUAAAUAAUUAUUCUAUUAGGUUGAAUUAUAUGAAAUUGCUGGUAUUUGACUGUUUUGACCUACAAAAUAGCAUUUUCAUAUAGUUCAUUCUAUUGGAAUAGUCUUCUAGCUCCUUGUAUUGAAAGAAAACAAAAGGAUUAAAGGGUUGGAGGAGAACUCAAAAGGCUAUGCAGGUCUCUAUUUUGAUUACACCAGCUAUUUAUUGACCUUAUUCUUGGAGUCCAGAGUUGUGUUUCAAAGGACUGGUAAUGAAUAUGGGGUUACAGAUAUUCUGGCCUUCCACAAACAGAAGUACCCCAGACAAGUCAUACGAGAAAAAUCACAAUUUUCUUUGUUAAAUAGUUGUAAAACACUGUGGGACCAUGCUAUUUAAAGACUCAGUUGAAUACUUGCUUAGAAAGCAAGCAACCACUCCCAGACUCAGCUGGUCUGCCCACUUUGAUUUUUACAAAUCGAUCUUGAUUAAAGCUUAAUAUUUUUUUCCUGGAUCUGGUUCAUUUUCAUCCCCUGAGCUUAUUUUAUUUAAAGGCCUGUUUUCAAAAUUAUGAGUAGCCCAAACUGGCAUGCUCUCAGCUCCCAUCUCUGCCCUCUCCCACCCUUUGACUAUAUUGACCUCUUAGCUUCAAUCUUGUUCCUACUAAUCCAUGCAAAGCUACUAACUAAUAAGUCCGACCUUGGUGUUCAGCACGUUCUUCUAAAUGCCUGACCUAAAUCACUUCUGCUUGGUUAAUUUGUGCUCACUCUCGCCUUAGUCUCUGUGUGAAGUAACACUUACCUUCUGUGCAAUUGUCCUUUGUACAGCUGAAGACUGUUAAUAAAUUCAGGUCUCACCUCCAUGUCUGGGAAGGCUGUAGUAGCUACUCAUGGAGAUGGGAAUUUGUCUAAUUACUUAGCCAGACUUUCCAUAUCUAAGGUAAUAUAUUCAGCCACCUUAUCUUUUAUUCAUAGUGCCUGUUUUCCAGCCUUCGAUCAGUUUUAUAGUUCCUGUAGACACACUCCAAGAUUUAUAGAUGUCCUUGCAGUAGCAGGUCCUAAAAAUUACAUUUAGUACUCAAAGUUCUGAUAACCUACAUUGGCUCCUAGCUGCAAUAGGUAAUUUACCAUCUCCCAUUAGAUAUGCCAGCACAACCUUUAAGAGCUACCCCUCUCUACUCUCACCUACCCAAGGACUUUCUCAGGUGUGGUCUCAUGAGAUAAAGUUCUGCUGUCUUGGCUUCUGCUAGUGAUUUGCUUUGAGAUUGGCAAUAACAUUGAGCUGAUCUCAAGGGUAAGAAGAGAAUUUUGAGCCUAUUUUCUCAUGUGUACCCACAAACUUGAAACAGAAAGGAUGUAAAUUUUUGUGGCACACACUCACUUAUUUGACCACCAUAUUUGUAAAUCCUAUGUUGGUUUUACCCCCAGAUUACAACAACAAUAUGUGUUCCUUGUGGGAAACCUGAAAAAUACAACCUCAUAUAAGGAAAAUAAAAAUCACCGAAAUUUCACCAAAAUCUUUGCACUUAAAGCCCCCUGGAUUUUAGAUCAGUCAGGACACUGGGCCCAAAGACACUUUAGGAUAAGAUGAGUAAAAUGCCUACAAGUCCAAGGUAUCACUU